GCUGGCUUUCCCUCACCCCGCUUCCCUCCGGCUGGCUUCGGGCUCCGGCGUCUCCCGCGGUGGGGAGGGGGGCCGGCCCCGGCUCGGGGGGCUCCGAACGGCCGUACCCCGGGACGGGUGGUGUCCCGUCCCCCCUUCCUUCCCCUUCUUCCCCCUUCCUUCCCUCGGCCCAUGCCGCGGCCUGCGCGCCGCGACCGCUGACGGGGCCCCGCCGGGGCCGGCAGCCGCGGCUUGUCUCCGGGCAGGCGGUUGGGGCGUGGGGAGGCCUCUCGGGGCAGGCCCGGGCCGCCCGUAGCGUGUGUGGGCUUGCAUUUCCACGCGUGGGCCAGGGGAGACGUGCGGCCCUGCUGCUGACGGCAGGCUCUGACCCUCCCUGUGGCCUCUGGCAGGUUCCCUGAGCCCGCCGCAGAGUUUCGGGAGGCCAUGGAGCGGCACGUCCCCAUUCACGCCCUGCCCGAGGAGAUUCGAAAGAUGUCCCGGGAUGAGACAGUGUGUAAAUACUGUGGAGUCAGCUAUUUGAUACUUCAUGAAUUUAAGGUGAUGGAAGAAAAAGUAAAAGCAAUGGAAAAGGAAAUUAAAUUUUAUGAAGGAAGUAUAGAACGGGAAAAAGGACUUCAAGCAGAAUUGCAGUCUCUUUACCAAGACCUUGAACACUACCGAGCUGACAGUGAAUCAAAAACAGAAAGAAUAAAAACCCUAACAGUGGAACUUAAAACCAAGCAAGAUGAAUUAAAAAAAGUGAAAGAAGAUUUGCGGUAUUUCCAAGAGGAAAAGGAAGCUGCCUAUAAGCAAUCACAAGUGCUCAGAAAUACAUUGGAACACCAUUGCUCAACUCUGAACAAGGCUGUCUCACUGUUCCCUUUUAUUAGAAGUGAGCUAGACAGUAUUAAAGAAGUCAUUGCCAGUAACCUGGAGAACUGGGCCGCCAUGAAAGAAGAAAUUUUUCUACAAAUAAAAACUGUUAGCAAAGAAGCUUUGACAGAAAUACCCAAAUUGAAUCAAAGAUUAGCAAAAUCCCAGAGAGAGAAUGAAUGCCUCCAAGAAAAGGUAAAACAUCUGACGUUGGUGGCUGACACAGUUGAGCUGAAAACUCAACAGCUUCAAACUUCACUUCAGCAAGGGAAUGAGCUACAAAGUAGGUGCCGUGAACUACAAAAGGAAACAUUAGAUUUAACAAAUCAAGUAGAGACAAUUGGACUGAAGCUGCAGAAGGUAACAGCCGAGACAGACCACUACAAAAAGCUGUUAAUGGUGAAAUCAGCGGAACUUGAUGUCUGUCAGAAUGAACUGAAAAAAAUGAAAUACGAAAAUGGAAUUUCUGAAUCAAGACUUAUGAAAGAGCUCAAGGAAAAGGAGGAAUCUCUUCUAAUUUGCCAACAAGUAUGCAAACAUUUACAGGAAGAAGUGGCUGAGAAAGAAAGGAAAGAAGAAGAUCUAAAAAGAAGAACCGGUCGAUCAGAAAGUGAGCUGGAAGCACUUAAAGCUCUUCUUAGACAAACAGAGGAAGAGGUGGUGAUGUUGAAACAAGAAAGGGAGUUAAUGCUGAUUUCUCAUCAGAACAGAACAGAGCAGCUGCAGGAAACAUUAAGACAGAAGAUGCGGAAUGAAGAUAACUGGAGGGAGAAGAUACCAGGAUUAAUAUCCAGUGCCACCAAUAGCUUAAGGAAGGAGACAGAAAUUCUGGAAAAGAAGCUACAAGAUGCCCAGAUCAAACUUGCAGAGAAAGAUGAAGAUAAGGAAAAAGAAAUUCAGAGCCUUAAAAGACUAAUUACCGAACUUGAAUUUCAGCUGACGCUGGAAAAGAACAAUAAUGAAUCAUUUCUGGAUAAUAUGAGGAAAGAAAUUAAACACAAGUCAGAUGAACUGGAAAAAUUAACCCAGGAGAGGACACAGCUGAUUCACAAUUUGAGUCAAGUUCAAGAGGAGAACACUCUUCUCCAGGAAACGGUGCGCAGAGAGUGUGAGGAACGCUAUGAGCUGACUGCAGCUUUGACUCAGGCCAGGGAACAAGUACUGGAACUAAAAAAGCUCAGUGGAAACUUCCCGUUAUCACCGUGUUCCCUGACUCAGGGCAGCCUAACCUCCUCUGCUGCCCUGCUCGCUGAUUACGGACAGAAAAGCCGCACGAGCCCCGGCGCUGGGAAGGAAAUCAAUCUCUCCAGACAGUUUGGUAUUUCAAGAGCUGCUAAGGCACCCACCUCCAGUAAGCGUAACAGCAGCGGCAGCGUGGGCUUGCCGGCUCUAACCCCACCGCAUCCUCCAAGAGGAAGGGCGGCUUCGCUGAAUGAGCCCAGGAGCAGGAUUGCUGCAGUUAUAAGACGACAACUGAGUCAGCUCUGACAGCUACGUACGCAUGCAUAGCACAUGAGAAACCAUUCCAGUGCAUCAAAUGACCAUUUACUUGUGGACCCCUAGGGUCAAAUCUUAGCCAAUGCAAUUCAUGCAUUUCUACAACUGUAACUUAAUUUUAAGUUUUAUAGAUUUUUGAUGCAAUAAUGUUUCUUUGACCAUUGCGUAUCAAUGUGAUUAAAUGCUAUCAACAUUUCAAGAUUAGAAAAGUAAAAAAGAAAAAAUAUUGUCUCUCCAAGAGGAGCACAUGUUCAAUAUCUGUAAUUAAAAUAGCUGCCAGUUUCAAAUACUGUUUUCCCUAACCACUUUAUUGGACUUUACCUAUUUUGUGUGUUCUCCCAUGUAACGUAAUUGCUCGUUUCUCAUGUAAAAAUGUGAUUUGUUCGGUUAGAAUCAGAUUUUUGCAAUGAUUUAAUUGAGUAGUGUUAUAUUUGCAAAUAUUUAUGCUUAGGUCAGUGAGACUCGCUAGUUGUGGAGUAUAUAUCACUCAGCAUGAAAAUGUGGCAAAUCUGUGUGCUCAGUAGACUAGCCAUUGGUAGGGACAUAGCUUCCUCUGUGUGCAAGUCUUCAAGCUGUGCUAAUUAACAAGGAGUUGAAGACUUAAUAUAUUUUGUCCAAAAGAUGGUUGCCUCUUGAAUUUCAUCGGAAAAGUGUCUUUUUGUCAAGCAUAGUUUUUAUCUUCAAAGUAGACAUGCUGGUGUUCUCUGUAAAAUUGUUACACAGGAGGAUCAAUAUUUUUAUUUGCUGCUUGA